CCAUCCAAGAUCCAUAGCUCGGGAUCCAUUGAGCAGCCUGGCCCGGGCCAAGUACGAAGCAGAAACGGGGGUUCGGUCCGCCUGCCUCCCUCCUGUCAGACACCCUGAAUCAAUCAUUGCCGUUUCCCAGACAUCUCGUGGCGGCAUUAGCCGUUAGUCCGUUAAACGUACGUUAGCCGCGUCCGCUAACGCUAGCAGCCGUUGAUUGAAUGUAACGUUCGAGGACCGACAGACAAACGGGCGCCAGGCUGGUCGUGAAGUGGGGAGUACUGCAGCCUUGCGUCAAAGCCAGCUAAAGCUAAACCGUGGUAGGACAAGUCAGCAAGAUAGACAGGCAGCAGCCACGUUACCUCCCGGUAGCUAGCCAGCCAGCACGCAGGUUAUUUUUGGCACGGUUGCUUGCGUACACAUGCUCCGUUUGAGUCGCGUACGCUAGCCUAACAUCUGUGCCAAAGCUGUCAGUUGGCGGUUCCGUAAGAAAUAACGUUACAGAUAAUUUAGACUCGAUAUUUCGGGGGUCGGUAUUAUCACUUGCUAGCUAUCUGACACGACUCGCAUUGUCACAUAUAGGUAAAAGAUUAGGAAUAUCGGUUAAUUGCGCAACGUCUGGUUGAAUUGAAGAGGGGCCUCAUAGCUACCAUAUGAGGCCCAGUUGAAAAGAUGGACCUGAAUUUUUAUUCGGAUUUAACGGACGGUACUGGGCAGCACGACGGUGAUCCAGAGUUCCUGGACCCGCAGUCUUUCAAUGGAUUUGACACUGACAACAAGUUCCCUGGAGGCAGUGACAACUACCUGACAAUCUCUGGGUCCGGCCAUCCCUUCCUCUCCUCCUCAGAGUGUGCCACUAAACGCAUUGACCUCUUCAACCUCGCUGGACCUGCUGGUGGAACGUUCCACACUCCGAGCCUUGGCGAUGAGGAGUUCGAGAUACCUCCCAUCUCUCUGGAUCCAGACUCGGCCCUCACUGUGUCCGAUGUGGUGUCCCAUUUCGGGGAGCUGUCGGACACCGGGCCCUCGGGUAGCGUGGUGGUACCCGGGAACGCUGUGGUUGAAGGAGACGACCCUUCGUUUGCCUCCACUUUCGUCAACGCCCCCUCACAAGGACUGGAGCACCUGAGUCUGGGAGUCAUCAACCAGUCGGGAGGAAGUGCUUUGUUGGGCUCGUCACUGGGGAUGGAUCUCGGUCAUCCCAUCGGCUCUCAGUUCAGCAGCUCGUCCCCGGUGACUAUCGACGUCCCGCUGGGUGACAUGAGCCAGGGCCUGCUUGGAUCCAACCAGCUGACUACAAUUGACCAGUCGGAGCUCAGCGCUCAACUGGGGCUUGGCUUGGGAGGCGGGAACAUGUUGCAGCGCCCUCAGUCGCCCGAUAACCCUCUGUCAGCCACGGCGUCACCCACCAGUUCACUUCAGGAUGACGACAUGGAUGACUUCCGAAGGAGCGUCCUGGUGGAAUCUCCGGUCUCUCUGGCUGUCUCUUCGGGAGUCAUCUCCCUCGAUCCUUCCCUGUCCGAGUCCCCGCUCUCUGCCCCCGCGUCCAGCAUCUCUCCAGCGGUCAGGCGGAAAGGAGGAGCGGGAGGAGGGAAGAAGGGGAAGACAAAGCCGAGGAAAGACCCAAACGAGCCUCAGAAACCUGUGUCGGCCUACGCUCUGUUCUUCAGGGACACACAGGCAGCUAUUAAGGGACAAAACCCUAACGCUACGUUUGGAGAGGUGUCUAAGAUAGUGGCGUCCAUGUGGGACAGCCUGGGGGAGGAGCAGAAACAGGUUUACAAAAGGAAAAAUGAAGCGGCAAAGAAAGAUUACUUGAAGGCACUGGCAGAGUACAGAGCCGGCCACAUGUCUCAGGCUCCUAUUGAAGUCAUGGACACCUCUCCAUCGCCGCCUCCUCCAGCCCCAGCUCCUGCUGUCAUAGCCACACCUUCCUCCACCCUAGCCACUCGCACCACCAGGUCACAGCAUUACAACCCCGAGGAAAACACCAUCACCAACAUCUGUACCUCCAACAUCAUCCUGGAUCUGCCUCGGGUCACCACACGCUCCUGCACCGGUGCCAUCAAACCCCAACCUCCGCCCGCUCCCACCCCGCCGAACCCGCCCACUGUCACCAAGAUCAUCAUCAAGCAGACGCAGCUGCCCUCUGGCGGCGUUUCGGUCACGGCGACGCCCGCCUCUUCGCCACGCCAGCCGCCACCACUGCAGCAGAUGCAGAGCGCUCCUCUUCCACCUCGGCUUCAGCAGAUGGUACACGCCCAGGCCCCUCCGCCUCUGCAGGCCAAACCACGAGGCGGUGGAGCGAACGCUGCCACAGCCCCACCUCCGCUGCAGAUCAAGGUCGUCCCAUCGUCGCGGCAGUCGGAUUCAACCGCGCCGAUCAUUGUGACGUCAGCUGGUGAAACGCCCACGUCGGUGUCCUCCGCAGAUCUGACUGUAGAGGUGGGACAGUCGGCUGAUAUGGUGACGGGAGGAGAGGAAGUGGCGGAGGCAGAGGAAGGGAUGGAGGUUGAGGUGAACGUUGCCCCCAUCCCAAGUGUGACUACCGCCGCCAGCCGUAACAUUUGUGUGCGCGCGGGCUGCACCAACCCCGCUGUGGAGAGCAAAGACUGGGACAAGGAGUACUGUAGUAAUGAGUGUGUCGCCACACACUGCAGAGAUGUGUUCAUGGCCUGGUGCGCCAUCCGAGGGCAGAACUCCACUACGGUCACAUAGGGAAAGGACACGCGUGACAAAGGAAGGGCGCCACACGGAGAGAAAAGGACAAAGAAUAAUGCAUGAAAUGCAAAUGAACAGGAAUGAAUGAUCAGGCUCAGGUAUCGGCACAUAAUGGUUUUUUCUAUCAGGAGCAGAGACGGGAAACUCUGUACUCCUCUGUGAUCGAAACGUUUACUCUGCACAAACGACCCUCGAGCAGAGAAACCCUGAAUCCUUUGGGAAUGCUCCAGUGGAAAUGACUGCUCACAGUACGGACGGACGGACGGACGAAUAAUAAGACUGAAGAACAAACAGAAAGAGAAACUUCCAAUCUAUUGUGAAUCUGAAUUAUGGACUUGAUAAAAAAAGAACAUUUUAUAUGGACUUAUGGUGUUUUUAAUUAUUUUGAAAAGAAAAAAAAGUGCAGGAAGGAAAUCUUGAAUCAUGAGUUCAUUUUUUUUUUUUUUUUCAAUUUCAAAAAUUCCACUUAAUACGUGUAUGCUCUUCCCUUUACUGUUACACUGACGAUUGAUUGAUGUGAAUGAAAUCUAAGAAGCGAUUUUUGUUUAACUGUUUGGUAACGUGCGUGUGCUUUGGCAUCAAGGGGGUCAGCGGCCACUUUUGAGAUUUACCGAGCAGCAACUGGGCAAAGCACAAACGACCUCAUUGAGUUUGAAGUCGUAGGAAAGGGUCAAACGUUUGCGAGAAGCCUUUUGAAACAAACUGGAAACUAAUCUGCCACCAGCCAAAUGCUGUUUGUCACCUUUAUAAGCCACUUUGGUCGACAGAAAACUCCCAUCAUGCAAAGGGUUUUAAUUCAGACUUUCAAAACAGGUGCUAAAAUACAACUUCAGCGUUCUCUGUUCUCCUCUCUGCUGAAAUGCCCCGCAGCUUAAGAGCUUUUUAAAUAUGUGACACAUCGUUUGUUUCACGAGGAACAUUUGUGUUGAAAUUUGGUGGAAAAAAAUAUUGGAAUGAAAUGAAACACACCAGCUCUGACAACACUACUGUAAGGGGAAAGGAAAUAUAACAUUUAAAAAAGCUUUACUUUUUAACACGGCAAUGUUUAAUUUAAGAAAUUUGCUUUCAGGUCUGUUGAAAGGAAUGGGAUAGUUGCUUCCAAAAAAAAAAAAAAAAACUGUUGUCAGUCGGAUGAAUUGAUGCAGUGAUCUGGUCUGGUUUAUUGUAGAUAUCCUGGAAAUGUUUUUAAUGGUGAAAUAAAAUAUUUUAUGUUUAAUAUA